AUGGCAUCCUCGGCACGCUCGGGGCGUAGCUGGGCAGAGGGGGUAGUAGAAGAGCCGCUUUCUCUCGAUAUCGACUUUCGACGGCGUCGGGAAGGAACGGCUCGGAGAAGGAGGAUGGUGUUGGACGACAACAACCCUGUAAACGACAUCGAAACCCUGGAGGACGACAAUCACAAACUUAAGGUCGCAUUGAGUAGAGCCACCGAAGAGAACAGGCGCUAUCGGGUCAACAAGGCGCGCUUGGAGGGGGAGCUCUUGCGAGCUGACGACAAGAUUGAGAUUCUCCUCUUCGAGCUUGAGCAGACGCCCGGAAAAAGGAAUGGUCGGCCGUGA